AUGUCUUUCGCUCUGCAUGACACUGCAGCUCCUUUCGAUUUUCCGAAGGAAGAGGAGAAGGUAAUCGCCUAUUGGAAGGCUAUCGAUGCCUUCAAGACAAGCUUGAAGCUGUCUGAAGGUAGGCCUGAAUAUUCUUUCUACGACGGUCCGCCGUUUGCUACUGGCCUGCCCCACUAUGGACACUUGCUCGCGGGGACGAUUAAAGAUAUCGUUACCAGACACGCUCAUGCAAACGGAUUUCAUGUAUCACGACGCUUUGGCUGGGAUACACACGGUCUUCCGGUCGAGCAUGAGAUCGACAAAAAGUUGGGCAUCACGGGCAAACAGGACGUAUUGGCUAUGGGUAUCGACAAGUACAACGCCGAGUGUCGAAGUAUUGUCAUGCGGUAUUCGUCUGAGUGGCGACGCACGGUCGAGCGCAUGGGACGCUGGAUUGACUUCGAUAAUGACUACAAGACGCUGAAUCCAUCGUUCAUGGAGUCUGUCUGGUGGGCCUUUAGCCAGCUCUUCGAGAAGAAUAUGGUUUAUCGUGGAAUGAGAGUGAUGCCUUAUUCUACGGGUUGCACCACACCGUUGUCCCAUUUCGAAGCGGAGCAGAAUUAUCAAGUGGUCAGCGAUCCCGCUAUUACGGUUGCUUUUCCCCUGGUGAAUGAUCCUGGUACCUCGUUGUUGGCCUGGACUACUACGCCGUACACCUUACCAUCAAAUUUGGCCCUCUGCGUGAACCCUGAAUUUACUUAUGUGAAGAUCCACGAUCAGGAGCGUGACAUAUAUUUCAUCCUGCAUGAAGGUUUGCUCAGAGCACUGUACAAGGACCUCAAGAAAGCCAAGUAUAAGAGGGUCGGCCAGUACCGAGGGUCAGACAUGUACGGUUGGAGAUAUGUCCCAUUAUUUGAAUAUUUCACUGACAAGGUAACCUGA